AGUAGAACUAUAUAACUUAACUAGCUAGGUAGGUAGAUAGAUAGUUUUCCAAAGGCUACAGGAGCAAAAUGUCCUCAGACUCGUUGGCUCUGGCUCGCGUGAUACCGGACGUACUCGACCAGUUCAGGCCAUCCGUAUCCCUGAGGAUUAUGAACAGCAGCAGGCUAAUGGUGAAUGGGACCGAGUUGCGACCGUCUGCGGCCGUAAACAGGCCUAGGGUUGAGAUCGGCGGAGACGAUCUCCGCAAUUUCUUCACGCUCGUGCUGGUGGACCCAGAUGCUCCUAAUCCAAGUAAUCCAACUCUCAGAGAGUACUUGCACUGGAUGGUGACAGACAUACCUGCAACAACAGCAGCAAGCUUUGGUCAAGAGUUGGUAUUCUACGAGGGGCCGGAGCCUCGAUCUGGCAUUCACCGGAUGGUGUUCGUGCUGUUCCACCAGCUCGGCCGAGGCACGGUGUACGCCCCGGAGAUGCGCCACAACUUCAGCUGCCGGACAUUCGCGGGCCAAUACCACCUCAACGUCGUCGCUGCCGCCUACUUUAACUGCCAGCGCGAGUCCGGCUCCGGCGGGAGAAGGUUCAGGUUCAGUCACGGAGAUAACUGAAGAGAAGGAGAGGGAGACCUGAGAAGAGCAAGAACUAGAAAUAAGAGCAACUAAUACGCAGUUCUAGUACUAGUUUUCUAGUAGAAAAUAGUUUCUAUAAUAAUAAUAAAGCGUAUCACAUUCCCAUGCAAUAUAUGUACGUAGUC